ACAGAGUGUAAGCAAACGCCACUCACUGCACAGACCUGCUGCCUGUUGCGUGCCAUGAAUGGGUUUUACCGGAUACUUCUGCUGUUUUCUGUGGGCACGGCGUCUGUGGCGCUGCGCAGGUCUCCGCGGACUAAAAGAGGUUUACUAGAGCUGGCAGGAGCCAUCAAAUGCAGCACAGGAAGAUCCGCCUUGGCUUACAUGAUGUACGGCUGCUACUGCGGACUCGGUGGUCAAGGCUGGCCCAGAGACAGGGCGGACUGGUGUUGCCAUAAGCAUGAUUGCUGUUAUGGCGAGGCAGAGCUCAGAGGCUGCUACACCCACACAGACAAGUAUCAAUGGAAGUGUGAGGACAAGACAGCUGAGUGUGAUGAUCUGGAGGACAGAUGUGAAAAACUGCUCUGCAAGUGUGACAGGGAGGCUGCCAAAUGCUUAAGAAAGGCACCUUUCAUCCGGAGAUACGCCCUAUGGCCAGAUUUUCUCUGUGGCUGUGAACAACCCACGUGUAAUAUUUACUGACUCAAUAAAUACACACAUGUACAUC